AUGCAACAGCAGCAACAAAAGCAUCUCUUACAGCAGCAGCAGCAGCAGCAGCAGCAACAACAACAACAACAACAACAGCAGCAGCAGCAACAACAACAACAACAACAACAUCUCCAACAUUUACAACAGCAGCAGCAGCAGCAAGCCAUCUCUCGCUUCCCAUCCAAUAUCGACGCCCAUCUCCGCCCUCCGGCGCUUCGCUCCCUCCACCUCCAUCAAUCGCAGCAGCAACCUCAGCCGCAAAGUAUACAUCUGCAGUCCUCGGUGCAGCAGCACUCACAGCAUGAUAGCGCAACUGCGCAACAACGUGCGGUGCAUCAAUUGCACCAACAACAUCAGCAAAAAAUGGGCACCCCCGCUUUAUUGAGGCAAGGGAACCGGGUGGAAGUGGAGAUGGCGCAACAGGAUGCCUGGAAGGUCUGCAACCCUGAUGUUAAGCGUCCCUUUUCCAGCUUGGAGGAUGCUGUUUCCAGGUGAUCUAGGGUUUCUUUCCGUUACGGUUUCCUGUUCUUUCUUCUUCCUUUGUUUGGCUUUGGUGAUCUCUAUGAAAUCCAACUGAAAACUUAGUUCGUUGCCAUCCUUGCGUUGUGAUACCUUUGGGAAACCACUCGAGAAACCAUUUUACUUGGUCAGACUAGAUGUUUCUAAAGGAUGUCACGGCUGGUACUGCAUUUCUCUAUAUUUUACUUUUCUUCACACAUGGAGGAUUCCGUGGCAUCCUGUUGACCUAGAGCGUUGUCUGAGAAGGUGAUGAUGAUAUCAUUCUUUUCCCUUAUCCUGUUUAAAUUUAGGGUAUCUUAUUGUUGCUCUUACGGGAAUUGGUCUCCAUAGGUAGUUUGCAAACUUCUGAUUAUGGAAAUUUGUAGGGAAAUACUGAACCCGAUAUUCGUUUCUUGAGAAUAUGUGGUACCAAUGUUUCGUGAAAUGUGUUUGUGGUCAAUGAAUGAUUGUGGAUUUUGGUGAAUUGGCAUCAAUGGGAUAUAUUUGCCCGCACUGUCUAUUUGUCUUGUAACUUAGGAGAGCCAAUAAAGAUUAGUAUCUAAUAUUCUAGGGAUAAGUGAAUAAAGAAAAGGGCACAUAUGCUGUAGCUGUUUUCUACAUUAAAAUAAAUAAAUCGCAGUUAGUGGAGAGCUUUGUGUGGUUCAUUAGUUCGAGAAUUUUUUUGGACCGGCAAAACCUGCUCAAAUAACUACCGAGGUGGAUUAAACUGUAGGAACAAACAAGGUGGAUAAUGGUUCUGAUUUACACAACUGCACAGAGGAGACGGGCAUCCUUUAUGCUGUGCCUUGCAUAGUAUGAUGAAAAAUAUUUCCCAUUCAUUUUCUGAUAGAGAUUAAUAUUUUCCCAGGGAUUUUUCUGGUAAAGGAGUUUUGGUGGUUUAACCCUCCAUCUUGAUUAGACAUAAGUUAUCCUGCUUUGUUAAGGAAGGAGAUUCCAAAAUGAGAUGUCCUCCUGCAGUAUCUUACUGGCUUUUGUUUCUCGAAGAGAGCCCCGCCAUUUUCCAACAAAGAUGGUAUUGGAGCACUUCCAUACUACUCUAUGUGGAAAUAACAACGAAAAGUGUCUUUUUUGGACCUUUCCCAUUUCAGUUCACUAUUUCAGGAACAAGAACCACCGAGUUAGACUGCAGGUAAACUUUUUUUUUUCCUGGAUGAUGUGCUCUGUCAGUGUUUUUCAAGGUAGAUCAGGCCUCUAAUUCAUUAGCGAAAUGGAAUAAAGUGCCCUGCAUCACCCUCUUCGCAAAAGCCCUGCAACACAACAAUCCUGCGCUAAGUUGAGUGGAGAAUCUCUCUUUGGCCAUGUUGCAUGGAAGAACGGAUGUUUUAGCAUUGUUUUUCCGUUAGAUAUUGGUCCAAUUUCACAAAAAAACACCCUGAUAAAGCGCAAACGGUUUAUAUGUAGGUUUCCCAUUCCCAAUGUUGUGGAUCCUAUCAUCUUUCUCUUAAUUCUGCGUAAAUGAUAUGCAUUAAACUUUUUGAGUUUCUUUCACUAUUCAACCUAUAUUUCCACUUGUCAGAUGAAUUAUCAAGUUUGUUCAGAUAUACCCAGCUAGUUUAUUGUGACAGAUCACGUGAAGUGUCAUCUCAUGCUUGAUCUAUAGAUGUGGUACUGUCACGUUUUCCCCUUAUAACGUAAGUAAUGCAUGGUCGCCAAGUUUAUCAUAUGGUGGUGCAAAUUCUCCCUCUUGGGACCUCGCAUGGGUUAUUUCCACAGAAACUUCUCUCUAGCAUCUGCCAGGGCAUUUCCUGAUGACGUCUAUCAGUCAAGAAACCUGAUUAUUUUCUCAUCACCCACCUUCCGUUGAUGUAUGUUGAAAGAAAUAAUGCAGCUUGUAGCACCUGACUGAAAAUGUGACAUGUUACUGGCUAUAUCUGGUUAAACGUCCUAUAGGCUACCUUUCUUAUGAUUUUUUUGCCUAAUCACGCCAAACCAGUGAUCAUCUAGAACCAUUUGCACCUUUCCCCAGAGAAGAGCCAAAGUGAUGACCUUUAUAGUCUAAAAUCCCAGGCAACAGAGGCAAUAUCUUGCAUGCUGAAACCCAUCGUAUGCCAGGUUACACCCGACCUUUUUUCGCUUCCAUGUCAAGAAACCCGCAUUAAAAAAAAAAAAAAAAAGAAUCAACAUCUUGUUACAAUCUUCAAUGUACAGAACGAGAAAGAAAAUGGUUAUGUAGGAAUUGCUUAUAGAGGACUAGACGACCGCACUGUGCAAGAGCCAAGCUCCACCGUACACUUUCAUCCGGUUACCCUCCUUUCAAACCUGUGUAAUGGAUAUUCCCAGAGUGUGAGAUAUCGCUGGAUAGGCUGCAAUCACGCCCUAAAAUUGUAGCUACUUCGCGAAACCUCCUCCAUUCCCUAUGGAAAACAAGGACUGAUUUGAACAACAACGGUGGUAUAUGAUCAUCCUGGUUCAAACCCCCUAAUACCCUUGAAACACCCACAAGACUCGCCAUUUAAUAAGAAUGGAAAACCUGGUGAUGGAGAUGCAAGUGAGUAAGAUUUUAUUUUUUUCCGAAACCUAUAGUGCGCCUUAUUCUUCUGAUAUAAACUGACCUUAACUGAUUCUGGAAAUCGUCUUUUCGAAAUCAAGCUUUGGGAUUACAUGAUUAUUUCUUGUAUAAUUUUGGUGGGGAAUCGUCAAUAAGUAGCUUUGAAACUACCUGAAGUAAGUCUCUUUUUUGCAAAGUUCUCUGAUAUUUUGUCAACAGCCUGGUAAAUCAUAUUAGUAAUUGUGUUUUGUCCCUUGGGACUGUAAUUUUACAGUAGCUGUUCAGUGUACUAUUUUUUUCUGAGUUUUGUUGCAAUCGCUUGUUCAAUGAAUAAGGGAACUAAAUUUCCUUACGUUCUUCGCCUGUUCAAUGGAAGAAGAAAUUACUCCCCCUUUUGCAUUAAUUAUAGGAUAGGCUUGGUUUCUUAUGACAUCUCUGGUCUCCAUAUUUCCUCUUUAAAUAUAGCUUGGUAUAAUACCUCACGUAGGCCACCUUGAUGCUUCACGAUCUCCCAUAUUAUUCUUGCCCUUCUUUAGUGGUACGGUGUCUCAACGGAAGCAUGAUCAGUUUAAACCCUUUAGAUGGCAUCAUCAUGUGGUUGUUAUGGACGAGGGUAGAUUUCCUUGCCAGCAAGUGAUUGAGGAUAAGUAGGGCAUUGCUUCUCUCCUUAACAUCGGACAGCUGCUGUGAUCUGAUCACCUAAGAAAGCUUUUUUAGUGCACAUCUCUUAACACUAUGCAAUAAGAGAGGGAAUUUGGGUUCUCAUCGAUGAUAUCAAGAGCAUAUUAAGCCAGAGGUUAUGUUUUGGCUUGAGAUAUAUCUGUCUCUGUGGCUCAGCAUUCAGAUUCUCAGAAUCAUCGUCUGUCAAAGCAUCGGCCCAAUGUAUUCCCUGUAAGCCGUUCUUGUGGGUUUCCUCAAUCAUCCCUCCCAUCUUCUUCUGUGUCAUGGGUUCUUCCUCAAGCAAGUCUUCUACCAGAGGGGCAGACGGAUUUGCAGAAUCUGCAGUGAAGCUCCUCUUCCAAUGUCAGUCGAGUUCUUCCUUCGUGUCCAUGAUUUUUUUCACCGAGUCCGCUGCAAUUAGUCAACCACGUGGUUACAGCUGCGCCAUCGUUUUGGUUCCCGAAUUUUGGGUGGUAACUUUGAUGGUUCCCCCAAUAAUAAUAAUCUCUAGAUUGAUCAGAGCACAUAUGAUUUCUCCUGCUGCAUCUUUGAAGAACUUAUGGCGGAUGCAGGUUGCUGCCGUACCAUGUGGUGGCCGACUAUGAGGCCGAAGAGGACGACAGGAUCCUCGACAGCGAUGCCACCGGGCAGGUCCCGUCGCGGCUCAUGCAGUGGGACCACAACAUCCUCAGCAGGAUCCACGACUUCACCAACACCUUUGAGAAGCAGGUCCUGGCCUUCAACAUAAUGUCCCGGAAGAGGGCCCAGGGGGAGUUCAGGUCGGAGGAGCGGCUGAUGCUGGAGCAGGCCCUGCUGCAGGAGGAGAAGCAGGCCAUACUGAGGCUGAGGGCGGAGAUGGAGUCGAGGGAGAAGGCCCACAGGGAAGCGGCGGAGGUGGCGAAGAUGCAGAUGGCGAUGGCUGCACAGGCCAAGCAGGCGCAGGCCUCCCAUGCAGAGAUGAUCGCCAGGGCGCCGUUGAGGGCGGCGGCGGCACUGGGGCACCACGGGGGGGAGAGCUCUGUUUUUGGCAUGGGGCAGGAUCACGGAGGGAAUGCCGACGAAGGUGUCCACCAGGUAUGGGGAGGCAGUGGCGGUGCCGCCCAGAGGGAGGAGGAGGAGCACUCGGAGGACUAUCUGAAUGAUGAGAACGAACCUGAGAAUGGGGAGGCCGGCUUGCAUGACGAGUGGCGGGAGGUUGGAGGUCUUGAUCUGAAUACCCGAUGA